ACUUCGCUUAGUCGCCGGGACCACGCACGCACGCACGCUGUCCUAGCGUGACGUGUGUCCUGGCGCCCGGUCAGCUAGCUUCUGAGCUACUUAGCUAGUUGUUGUUGUUAACCGCGUACACUGGAGUCGGUUAACGUUAGCUAACUAGCUUGUAAGUAACGCUUUCUACCCGGGUGACUGUCGGCAUCGACCAUGGACGACGAAAGCCACCCCAAAACCCUGUAUGUGGGAAACCUCUCCAGGGAUGUUACAGAAAUUUUGAUUCUGCAACUCUUCACCCAGAUAGGGCCUUGUAAAAGUUGUAAAAUGAUCACAGAGCAUACAAGCAAUGACCCUUAUUGCUUUGUGGAGUUCUUUGAACACAGAGAUGCUGCUGCAGCCCUUGCAGCCAUGAAUGGAAGGAAGAUAUUAGGAAAGGAGGUCAAAGUAAAUUGGGCCACCACUCCAAGCAACCAGAAGAAAGACACAUCCAAUCACUUCCAUGUGUUUGUAGGUGAUUUGAGUCCUGAGAUUACCACUGAGGACGUCAAGGCUGCAUUUGCACCUUUUGGGAAAAUCUCGGAUGCCCGUGUUGUGAAGGACAUGACGACAGGCAAAUCAAAGGGGUAUGGAUUUGUGUCCUUCUUCAACAAACUGGAUGCAGAGAAUGCCAUCAUUAACAUGGGGGGACAGUGGCUUGGAGGACGCCAAAUCAGGACCAACUGGGCAACUCGUAAACCGCCAGCUCCCAAGAGUGCCCAGGACAAUGGCUCAAAGCAUCUGAGGUUUGAUGAUGUAGUGACACAGUCCAGUCCACAGAACUGUACCGUGUAUUGUGGAGGGAUCCAAUCAGGACUGUCAGAACACGUAAUGCGACAGACCUUCUCACCGUUUGGUCAGAUAAUGGAGAUCAGAGUUUUCCCAGAGAAAGGAUACUCCUUCAUCAGGUUUUCCUCCCAUGACAGUGCUGCCCAUGCCAUUGUUUCAGUAAAUGGCACAGUUAUCGAAGGACACAUAGUUAAGUGCUUCUGGGGAAAAGAAUCUCCUGACAUGGCAAAAAAUCCUCAGCAAGUUGAGUACAGUCAGUGGGGGCAGUGGAACCAGCUCUAUGGGAAUCCACAGCAGCAGUAUGGGCAGUAUGUGACCAAUGGAUGGCAAGUUCCCUCCUACAGCAUGUAUGGCCAGACGUGGAACCAGCAAGGAUUUGGUGUAGAGCAAUCCCAGUCUCCCGCCUGGGUGGGAAGCUUUGGAUCUCCGUCAGCUCAAGCUGCAGCCCAGCCUGGUACAGUCAUGUCCAACCUGGCAAACUUCAGCAUGGCUGGCUACCAGACGCAGUGAGCUGGCCCUGAACUAAACCUGAUGCCAGGGGUAUUUUGACAGCCCUUUUAGACCACACAGCACUCUCUCAUCAGGACAGCUGUUGUGGUAGAAGAAGGUCAGGGGCCAUAUUCACAAAGCCUUUGUAGCUAUAGUUGCUUCUCAACAACUCAACAAGUUUAAGAAUGAUGUUUUUUAAUGACAGUUUUCAUUUCACUCAGAACUUUUAAAAAGUUUAUUUGAUAAUAAAUUCACUGCUCUGGUAUGGAUAAGUGCUCUUGGGCUUUUGAAGUAAAGCCAAACCAACUGUCUUAUUAGAUGUUAGAAGCCAACCCUUAAAAUGUGUGGCCGUAUAAAAACAUUACCCAGCGUGUGAACAAGAGGAGUACAGUGUUAGGAACUGGAUGGCUAUCUUAUCGAGACCACUGGAUGCCUUUCCUGUCAUCACACACUAGGUAAUUUGACCGAUGGGCCAUACCAUGUAAAAGUCAAUUCAUUACCAAUUGUUUCCCUACCAGGUUCCAAAUUUGAGCAAAUGAUUGUAUGUAUCUGAAUAUCUUGAAAUGUACACAUAGAAAUGUAAUAGUGAAGUAUUUUAGUGGAGCUAAAAGCACACUUAUGUCCAGCAGCUCUCUGGACCAUGAUAAGGGUUAAAAUCCCUGUAAACCUCAAACUUUAUAACGUUAAUGAUUAAGCUAAAGCAAUAUCUGCUUGCAGUUUGCCAAUAUGUUUUAUAAUAUUUCAGUGAAAAAAAGUUUGUUAUAGACUUGUCAAAAUGUUCCUUUACUUGUCAUACUUGGGGCGUUUUUGUCAUUUUAUACAACAGAAGACAUAACUGCACUCAAGUCUUUAUGCAUCAGUGAGUUAAUAUUUGUUGUAUGGGUCGUUUUUUUUAAAAGGGCAUACAUGCAAUGAUGACAGCGGGUGUGAUCGGUCAUGAAUUUGUGCUACAAACUGCACAAGGUUGAAUCAACCUGCUAAAAGUUGGUUUGGGCUUCGCUUCAGCUCACAGCCCGAUGUUCAGUCCGUUUUCGAUAUAUUACUGAAAAAUGCUUUGUGAAUAGAGGCCCCGCGGAAAUGGUGGUUUACCUUUCCAGUAUAUGUGAAGCAACUAUUUGUAUAAACAACUGUGGCUUUAAAGGAGUUUUCAGUGGUAUCUCUUGGGUAAAUUUUGUGUACAAAUAAAAUGUCACAUACACAGCUCUAAAUGCAAAAAAUAUUAGGUUUUCCUUGUUUUGUAUCAGAGUGAUCAGCAUGUUCUUUGCAGACUUUUGAUGAACCUAAGUUUCAACCAUAAUUUUGCCUAAAUUUUACUCAUUUAUAACCAUGUGUCUCAAAGGAAAGGCUAUACCACAUGCUCACUAUAUAAAGGAAAUAUUUUAUGAAACCUGCUUAACCCCCAAACUUUGUAAAGGUCAUGGACUCUAUGUGCUUAUUCUGGGGCUGGUUUCCUAGAAAAAUGUUGAAUCUGAAGUAUUUUUCUCCUUAGUUUAGAGUCAUUACUUUCUACUGUCUGUGAAAGUUCUGGAGAGAACCUUAGGCUUUAGCACCAAAACCAGCCCCUAAUCAUACUGCAUCAUGUUUUAUCAUCAUUCAAAAGGCUGUACUUUAGUCACACACUUGUGUAAAAACAAAUGUCUCAUGUUUUGCUAUGAAUCAUGAUUGUUUUACUUUAAGUUUUUUCUGCUGACAGGGGAAGGUUUUUUAAAAGUCAUUAAUUUGUCAGGGCAGUGGGCACCUUUUCUGCCCCUUAGUGCUUUCUGCAUUUUCUCAGUAUUUGCAGAAUAUUUCCAUCAGCCUAAACUAUUUAAAAUGUUACUGGCAAAUUCUGACAGAGAAUUAAAAAAAAAAGAAGAAGAAGAAAAUCCUGUCAUUUGAAUUUAAGUUGCAUAUGUGCCAUUCUGUACAGAGUAUCACACUCCUUCUAAACUCGCUCUCAUUUUCCAGGCAUACAAGCCAACAGACUUGAUAAUGUUUUUGUUUAAUUGGGCUGGGGGGUGUUCAUGUAACAAAACAGGGUCGUGUUGGCUGAGAGUGUAAAUAUAAACCUUGGUCAUGAACCUUCAUGAAACUUAAGAGAUAAUGUACAUGUACAUACUGUAGGUAGAAUGUUAUACAAUGAAAUGCCAUCAUUAAAUUUCAGCAAUAUAAUUUAUGAAUAAGCCUUAACUGAUGUGUCAGUAAAUUCAAACUUUGUGUUAUUUACAGAGGCUGUAUUAGUAAUCCAAAUUCUUUUCCACUGUGGAAUUUCCCAUUUUUAUGUUUGUGUGCCAUUUUUCAGGAAGUAGCAGUGAGCGGGUGAUUUCAGCUUGAGCUGCACACUGAUGACAUGUAAUAUAUUUGUUGCUUAAGAUAUUGAAUGUAAAUGCAGUUUGCUUUUAUGAUCAUAAUACAUUUACGUUGAACAACAGAAGUGAUGUUUAAUAACAGAUGAAUCAACUGAAAAAUCACUUCAAAUAAAGAAACAUUUGAAUCUG